GUGACUGCGAAGAUGGCCGCCUUCCCCUGGCAUUCCAGAAACAGGAACUACAAGGCAGAAUUUGCUUCAUGCCGGUUGGAGGCUGUUCCACUGGAAUUCGGGGACUAUCACCCCCUGAAGCCCAUAACUGUCACGGAGUCAAAGACAAAGAAAGUGAGCCGGAAAGGAAGCACUUCGUCCACAUCCUCCUCGUCCUCCAGCUCUGUGGUGGACCCGCUGAGCAGCGUCCUAGAUGGGACUGACCCCCUGUCCAUGUUUGCAGCCACGGCCGACCCUGCAGCCACAGCAGCUGUCAUGGACAACUCCAGAAAGAAACGGGAUCGAGAUGACGGCUCCAUUGUAGGAUCGGAUUUUGAGCCAUGGGCCAACCGACGAGGAGAAAUCCUCGCCCGGUACACCACCACAGAGAAGCUGUCCAUAAAUCUAUUUAUGGGAUCAGAAAAAGGCCGAGCCGGGGUGGCCACGUCCGCCAUGUCCGAGAAGGUUCGGACCAGGCUGGAGGAGCUGGAUGACUUUGAGGAGGGAUCCCAGAAGGAGCUGCUGAAUUUGACUCAACAAGACUACGUGAACCGCAUCGAGGAGCUCAACCAGUCACUGAAGGAUGCCUGGGCCUCAGACCAGAAAGUGAAAGCUCUAAAAAUAGUCAUCCAGUGUUCAAAGCUGCUUUCAGACACAAGCGUGAUUCAGUUCUACCCAAGCAAGUUUGUCCUGAUCACCGACAUACUUGAUACGUUCGGAAAGCUCGUGUAUGAGCGCAUCUUCUCCAUGUGUGUGGAUAACCGCAGCGUCUUGCCAGAUCACUUCUCUCCGGAGAAUGUCAAUGACACGGCCAAAGAGACAUGCUUAAAUUGGUUUUUCAAGAUCGCUUCCAUCAGGGAACUCAUUCCGAGAUUUUACGUGGAAGCUUCUAUCCUGAAGUGUAACAAGUUCCUCUCCAAAACAGGGAUUUCAGAAUGUCUGCCCCGCCUGACCGCCAUGAUCCGAGGCAUCGGAGACCCGCUGGUGUCGGUGUACGCCAGGGCCUACCUGUGCCGGGUGGGAAUGGAAGUUGCCCCACAUCUCAAAGAAAGCCUUAAUAAGAACUUUUUUGAUUUCCUCCUUACACUCAAACAGAUUCAUGGGGAUACGGUGCAGAACCAGCUGGUGGUCCAGGGCGUGGAACUUCCAUCUUACCUCCCCUUAUACUCGCCUGCCAUGGACUGGAUCUUCCAAUGCAUCUCUUACCAUGCCCCUGAGGCCCUGCUAACUGAGAUGAUGGAGAGAUGCAAGAAACUAGGAAACAAUGCGUUGCUGUUGAACUCUGUGAUGUCAGCUUUCCAGGCCGAGUUCAUUGCCACAAGGUCCAUGGGUUUCAUCGCCAUGAUUAAGGAGUGUGAUGAGUCUGGCUUCCCCAAGCAUCUUCUUUUUCGCUCACUGGGGUUGAAGUUGGCCCUGGCUGAUCCUCCUGAGGGGGACCGACUUCAGAUUCUCAAUGAAGCUUGGAAAGUUAUCACGAAACUGAAGAACCCACAGGAGUAUGUGAAUUGUGCCGAAGUGUGGGUAGAAUACACCUGCAAGCAUUUUACGAAGCGAGAGGUGAAUACGGUGUUGGCAGAUGUCAUCAAGCACAUGACUCCAGAUCGUGCCUUUGAAGACUCCUACCCACAGCUUCAGUCAAUCAUUAAGAAAGUGAUUGCCCACUUUCAUGACUUCUCGGUGCUUUUCUCAGUGGAAAAAUUUCUGCCAUUUCUGGACAUGUUCCAAAAAGAGAGUGUGCGGGUGGAUGUUUGCAAAUGCAUCAUGCAAGUUUUCAUAAAGCAUCAGCAGGAGCCCACCAAGGAUCCCGUCAUUCUGAACGCCCUUUUGCACAUUUGCAAGACCAUGCACGACUCUGUGAAUGCACUCACUCUUGAGGAUGAGAAAAGAAUGCUGGCAUAUUUGAUUAAUGGAUUUAUCAAAAUGGUCUCCUUCGGCCGUGACUUUGAACAGCAGCUGAGUUUCUAUGUCGAGGCCAGGUCCAUGUUUUGCAAUCUGGAGCCUGUUCUUGUGCAACUGAUUCACAGUGUAAACCGGUUGGCAAUGGAAACAAGGAAAGUAAUGAAAGGAAAUCAUUCCAGAAAGACAGCCGCAUUUGUUCGGGCCUGCGUCGCCUACUGCUUCAUUACCAUCCCCUCCCUAGUGGGGAUCUUCACCCGCCUCAACCUUUACCUGCAUUCCGGUCAGGUGGCCUUGGCUAACCAGUGCCUCUCCCAAGCUGAUGCUUUUUUCAAAGCCGCUAUCAGCCUUGUUCCGGAAGUGCCGAAGACCAUUAACAUCGAUGGAAAGAUGCGGCCGUCGGAAUCCUUCCUUCUGGAAUUCCUCUGCAAUUUCUUUUCUACUUUGUUGAUUGUUCCGGAUCAUCCUGAACAUGGGGUCCUAUUCCUUGUUCGAGAGCUUCUCAAUGUGAUACAGGACUACACCUGGGAGGACAACAGUGAUGAUAGAAUCCGCAUCUACACCUGCGUCCUGCACCUGCUGUCCGCCAUGAGCCAGGAGACCUAUCUCUACCACAUCGACAAAGUCGACUCCAACGACAGCCUCUACGGGGGAGACUCCAAGUUCCUGACGGAAAACAACAAGCUGUGCGAGACGGUGGUGGCGCAGAUCCUGGGGCACCUGAAAACCCUGGCCAGGGGCGAGGCCCUGAAACGCCAGAGCUCGCUGGGCCUUUCCUUCUUUAACAGCAUCUUGGCCCACGGGGACCUGCGGAACAACAGGCUCAACCAGCUCUCGGUCAACCUGUGGCACCUGGCGCAGAGGCAUGGCUGUGCGGACACCAGAGCCAUGGUGAAAACACUGGACUACAUCAAGAAGCAAAGCAAACAGCCAGACAUGGGUCAUCUCACUGAGCUGGCCCUCAGGCUACCCCUGCAGACGAGGGCCUGACGCGGAGCGGAGCUGUCCGUAGGGCAGGUGUGAAGUUCCUACAGACCUGCUCUGCCUUUUGUGACUUUUAUACGAGUACAGACUGGCCAGGUGUGGGGGGAAGCCCUGCUCUGCGCAUCCCCUCCCGCUGGCAGCCAAGCUCCGGGGAGUCAGGAGCCCGGGAUGAUCACAGGGACCUUUAGCCAGAGACCAGCUGAAGAAUGCAGGUAACAUCUGUUUUUUUUUCCUGGAAGGUCUUUUUUUUUAGUUUGGAAAAGGAACCUUUAAAGAGCCCUGUUCCCCCUCGCUGAAGAACUGAAAGGAAUGGAAUGUACCUCGAAUGGAACCACCUCGAAGGACUUCUGAAAGGCUGUGGCUUGGUUAUUCAUGCUGCCGUCCAAAGCAGCACUUGGACUUUGUGGACAGGUUGAUUUCUGAGAAAGUGAGGUCCGACCUGAGACUCCUCCGGGCCUCUGUGGCUGAACAAACCUCCCGCAGGAACAUCUAUGCUCAUGACUGUUCAUUUAAUGACUUUGUCCAGAAGAGCGAGUCUGCGUCACCUGGUCUGCUGUGCGUCCUGCUUGCAAACAGCAGCUCUCCCGCCGACUUUCUACCCCGUUCGGUGGAGUCUGACUCCACUGGCGUUGUACUUCCAGUCAGCAGCACUGCCUGGUGCCUCGCAGCUGGCUCGGGAAAGCUCAUCCAGGUGGUCUAUUCCAGGGCCCUGAGCGACGGUCCUCUCAAGUCUCUCCUGGACACAGCCAGCAUCACACCUCUGCCCUGGGACACCUUGGGGGGGUGUCGUAAUUAACCCCCCAAAGUAAAAGGGGCUAAAAACUUUUGUUUGAUUAAGCGGACCAAAAGCACUCUAAUCCGCUGUGUUUGUGAGGCUGUUUCUGAGCAGAAUUGCUGGGGAGUAGGAUGUGUCCUUGUUAAAUUGGCCUGAAAACCCACAGCAUAUUCUUGGCCCCAAACUAUUCAGUAAAAUCAUGAGCUUAUAAAAUGUAUUUUAAGAACAUACAAACUCGGGGAGCAUGCUGGCAUUGCCUAGGUGUUUCCCAGUAGCCUUUAUUUCAUCAGAUUACUUGUAUUAAAAUACUUCCCACAUCACUUUUACUGUACACUAUUUCAAUGA